AGCAAAGAUGGCGGCAAUGGCGGCGAUGUUGUAGUUUUUUUGCCGCUAAGUGAUGUAUGGUUCAUUUAGUUUUAACGUAGUUUAUAAUGCAUUCUGAACUGGCUGAAGUUCUUCCCAGCAUGGGUCUUGGCACCCAAUUGAAGGGCUCUGAAGUUGUGAAAAAGGGUAUUCUUCAAGAGGAAGAUCCUCUAUUGGUGGAAAAAUCAACACUGCCUACUGGUGUGUUUGCUGUUCAUGUUUAUGGCUGUCAAAACCUAUAUCUGGAUGCAAACUUUCCUCCUGAACACUUUGGAAUUUAUGUUCAAAUAACAGUUGGCUCAAUGACAAAAUGUACGUCACUACAGUCACCCUUCAAAAAGGGCCGUGUUGUCUGGGAUGAGAUCAAGAACUUCUCCCUCACUAUUUCUCCUAAAGUGACUAGCUCCGUAAACAAAGUUACAGUUGCUGUUGUGGGAUUUGACAAACUUCAGCCAAUCCCAAAACACAAACUGCUUGGCAAAACUGAGUUUCACUUGCACAAGUUAGCUAAGAAACAAUGGUCUAUGGAGACAUUUGAGCUUCAGAACAGAAAGAAGCAGUAUGCUGGAGAUCUCCAGCUAGAGAUUGCUUUUGCAUAUGGCAUAUAUGGUUAUGGCUUGUGUGAUCAGAUAACACAGGGAGCUUUUCUACUCAGGUGGAAAUUACAUCUAAAAAGAACUUUACAUCAAUUGACAGCAAAUCAAGACCUCAUCUUCAACAAAAGAUGUCAAGGUUAAAUCAGCUGUAUUCUGAUUAUUCUCAACUCAUGACAAGAAGCCAGAGGAUCAAUUAUUUGAGAACACUUCUUCAGGAGAAGG